AACACUACAACUUACACUACAAACCUGCCCGGCUCUGGGUCCAAGUGUUGAUACUUCUGGAAAUCAGGAAAUUGCCGUAGAAGAUCAUCUCGGAAAAAAAAAAACUACGUGAUCCACAGGAUUGCUUUGAUGGGGUUAAGUUUUACGAUCACUAGGACCCUGUGGAGCCCUCCUACGCCCCCCGCCCCCAACCCGGGAGAAACAGUUGAGAGAGCUGCGGGCAGGGUCUACUCCACAGUAACACCCCACCGCUGACAGACGGACGCCGGAGAAAGGGAGAGUGCGCCCCCAGGACUGCUCGGGUCACUCGCAAACGCGGCGAACCUUACUCCGGAGGGAACCCGAAAAUAAACUUGUGGGAUAAAGAAGCCGGGAUUUCAGACUCGGUCAGCUAUAGGAGGAAGAUUAGUUCGUUUUCAUUGUUUCUUUUCACACCAAAGAGUUCUGCAUAUUUAUUUACUUUCAGCACAUUUAGCUAAACUACGGGAGAAGUCUGUUUUAAACGAACUCUGUGAAGAUGGCGAGUUUGCAGCUGGUUUAUCUCUCAGCUUUUCUACUCUUGCAGCACUGCCCGUGGAUUAUCCCCGUCACCGUGUCCACCGACAGGCCUGUCGUGGAGGUCCAGGAGCACAAAGACGCUGUGCUGUCCUGCCUGUUUCACACAGAAAGGGACCACUCCCCGCGGAUCGAGUGGAAGAAGGUGCAGAGGAAAGACGUGUCCUUCGUGUACUACAACGGAGAGUUUGUAGGAGACUUCAAGGGCCGCGCGAAUAUCACUGGGGCCACAGUCACCCUGCACCAGGUGACCGUGCAAGACACUGGGGACUAUCGCUGUGAGGUCAGCGCCCUACUGGACACAAAGAAUCUGGGGGAGACCAACAUCACGCUGAAUGUGCUCGUGCCCCCCAACGUGCCCAUGUGUGAAAUCCCCAGAUCUGCUCUGACGGGCACAGUGGUGGAGCUGCGCUGUGAGGAUGUACACAGUGUUCCCCCUGCAACAUACUCAUGGUACAAGGAUGGCAAGCCCCUGCCUCAGUUCUCUCUGCAGGAUCCCCGCCCUGCCAACGCCACCUUCACGCAGAACCCCCGGACCGGCACGCUGCAGUUCAACCCCGUCUCCCGGACGGACACAGGGAAGUACCACUGUGUGGCCAACAACGGCGUGGGGGAUCCCAAAAGCUGCAUUGGGAAACACAUGCAGAUCGACGACCUGAACGUGUCGGGGAUCGUGGCUGCCGUAGUGGUGGUGUUCCUGGUGGUGUCCCUGUGUGGGCUCGGGGUCUGCUAUGCCCACCGGCAGGGCUACUUCAACAAGGGCCACCGGGGAAGGUCCUUCUGGAUCCCACAGUGCCAUGGAGUCACCCAUAUCAGCAGCCAGAACCUCCACAGGACUGACGAUAUGAAUGGAGCGGGUUACGGCAUCCCUCCACAGGAAGAUUUCAAACACGCCCAGUCCUUCAUGCUCUGAGACACGCAGGAGCAGACUGGACAGUGCAAUAGAGCCACUGGACAAGGAAGACUUGAGUAGACACUGCCUUCAAACUACAGUGCCACUGGAUGGGACUAGACACUGCAAGAAGAACACUUAACGACUGGACUGCACUGGACACCGCAGUGGACAUGACUUGACUGCAAUAUACGCUUCAGACUAGAGAUGGUCUGAACAGAAUACUGCAGUCAGAUAACCUUCGAACUGGACUGGACACUGCAUUCGUACCACUAAUGUUAUGGGCUAAACUGGAUUAGACUAGAUGAGAGUGCAGUGGUCACAGGACUUAGACGACUCGAUUUGAGCGGACUGAAUAUAGAGCAACACCCGACUGAACAGGACAAGACUAGAUGGCUGAAUUUACAUUUCGGGCUACUGGGUUCACAUGGACAUUGCACUCAAAACCCUGCUGUCAGGCCAGGCCCUACACUACUCUUUGCUCUGUGGGUGGGUUAAGUUCUCCAGAGAAGUAAGAGAGAAGACACCCACCAUCAUUAUACAGCACUUUGCUUUAUGUCUACUAUUACACCUGAAUUCUUGAUGUCUUCGUUAAACUUAUACUUCAUUAGUUUUCAAAUCAGACAAUUGUAUAUGCUACCAGUUUCCAGCUCAUAUUUAGACCAGACUGCGCAGACACACUGCCACGGAUACCUGUUUUCCAGUGUACGUUCGAACACCUAAAUGCCCCUUGCUCCAGCUCUGCUGCUGUAGCACAGAGGUGGGAAAACAGGUUCAGUGCUCAAGGCAUCAAAAUAACCAACAGGACAGAGCUGCAGACUUCAGAAAACAUUAAACAUUUAAUUAAAUGUACACCAGAACACAGUGUUAGGCAGCCCAGUCUGGUGCAGGAGUUCAUACAACUAAGCAAAUCCUCUCUCUGGCUUUCAAUCUAGCUGGAUUUUUGUUUUCUGUUCCCAACGUUUUAGUUUUUAAUGACAAGGAUUUCGAUGGAUGGGUAAAAUCUUAACUGCAGAACUCAAAACAAUUACAAAAAGGUUUCAUUAUUACAGUAUUGGUUAAAUCUGGUGAGGGAAUCAAUCAAAUAAUCAAGAGCUCAACUAAAGCCAGCUGAGAGUGGGGUCACGAUGCCUUUGACCCUGGAUUCUGGUUCAUGGCCCCAGCUUGAAGUCUGAAGUAAGACUGGUACCAGAGUGGACAGCUCCCUGUAUCGUAUGAGUAGGUUUAAAAGUUCUCAAGUCAAACUAGGUGAGGAGGCCGACAGACGUCACCUAAGUUGCAGGCUAUAAGACAGUGGACCCCAGUCUGGACUCCACAAGCAGUCACUCAGGAUCAGUUAACCGAGAAGCUGCGUUCCCCCUCACUCCUGCAGUUGGGAGAGUCGCACUGCUACAGGCUUUGUAAGGACCUUGAGUCCCAGAGCUCUGGCCAAUGGUGAGAAGGUCAGGCUGAAGUCCCGAAUUGAUUUCGGUUCAGUCACGCAGAGCCUUGUACAGGAUGAAAAGCAGAGAGACCCCGUGGCCCUCCAGGUCUGAGGGUGAAGGCCUCUGCCCUGCUGGAGCGCCACACACUCCUCUGGUUUCUGCUGUACCAAUGUUCACUGCAAAGAGAGGGACGUGCCUAGUUUAUCCCCAGUAGGGAGCAGUGCAGCCUGCUCAGACAGGCCCCUCCAGCACCACACACUCCUGCCGAUCAGCACAGCUGCCUGCCAAGAAGGAUCAAAGAGCAGGCAAAAUAUUCAGAGUGUUGUACAAAAGGGAUUUUUUUUUACUCAUAGAGUUGCUUUUUGUAUUUUUUUGUUACAUGAUGAUUAAUGACGAUUUGCAUUUUUUUUUUAAACUGAAGUAUCUAUUCUCUUGCUAUUUGGCUCUGAAUGUAUGACCUGGAAUUGUAUGAUUUUAUUUUCUUGCACAGAUGGUAUGUUGUGGAACCAGUAUAAAACAAAACUUAAAACUUUU